AUGUUGAUCUCACUGUCCGUCUCGUUCCCAUGGGCCGUCCUGGUCACCGUGGCAUGGGCCUUUGGCCAAGACGCCCCAAGCCCCGGCGCGCCCAUCCCGGGCUACGGCAUCUUCAUCCCACGAUGGGAAGUCCCUUCGCCCGACGGCAGCGGCAAGACGCUCUCCUUUCGAGGCACGGUCGAAGAAGUAGCGACCCAGAUGCGCGACAUGCACCCGAGCUUCGACAUUGACGACGAGUUUGGCAAGAUUGCCAUGCCGGCUAUCGGGAAGCGGACCACCUUUGAGGAUAAUGACCAAACACUGUGCCACAACUUCAGGGAAGGCAAUAGAACGGCUGCACAUGUCAGUAUCGAUGAACUGAGGACCGUUCAGGGGAAGCCUGAGAACGGGGCCGGGCCUGCGAACUGCGGACGGGUUAGUUGUCGGAACGGCACCGCUAUCUGGUGGUGCAAUGAUGCCAAGAGCACCAAGCAGAUAGAUUCGUUUGGCGACAUUGCCGACGGCGCUCAGCGCGUCUUGUCAAAGUGCAAGGACAAGCUGGAUGCCAAUCAAGGGCAAGGUAUGACUGUCAGCGGUCAGGCUUUCCACAAGGAUAGUUGGAAUGUUGUUGUCCGAGGCGGAGACAACUGCGAUGAUGCAGGUGUUAUGAUGAAUCCCAAAGGCUCUCGGAGGCUUUCCAAGGCGUAA